AUGAGAGGGCCUAUGAGACCGCCGAGUAGCUGUCUUUCUCCUCGAGUUGGAUACAAUCAUGGCUCCACUCGAGCUUCAUCAUCGCUCAGGGGGUUCUCCAGUUCUUCGACCGCUAGGGCAACAUCGAAUAUUAGGAUACGGCAAGCUUCAUGCCCUUCUUCCUUCCGUCUAGGAAUUACCCAACGUCCUACGAUAUACAAUGAUGGACGGACAAUUCACAGAAAUAACGCAACAUCGAUUCGACAUUUCUCAUUAUUACCUUCUUCAUUAACGCCUUCUUUACCUGAGAUAGUCGAAGCUCAAUCACUUCCAGAUCCUAAUACGGCUUCCACCACAGAUGAGGCUCUAACACCCGUAUCAACAUUUUUCGAUCCUAUAAUAGAUCCAUUAUCAUCUUUAUUGACUGAUAUCCCCCACCCAUUAGGAUACGGAGCUUCGAUCAUCAUCCUGACAUUAAUAGUCAGGACUGUAUUCACAUUACCUGUUUCGCUAUGGCAAAGGAAAAGAGCAUUGAAAGCCAAAACUCUUGUCGAACCUCAAUUGAAAACUAUAAAUGAAAGAUUAGCAGUGGAGAUAGCAAAAGACUACAGAAGGAAAGGUAAAUCUUAUGAUGAAUAUACGUUGGAGCUUCGAAGACAGAUCGCAAAAGCUCAAUCAUCAUUACACAGAGAGCAUUCAACACAACCAUUCAUAACGACAUGGUCACCAUUAUUCAUACAUAUACCGAUAUUCGUUACUUUAUCAUUAACGAUUCGACGUACCUUAGAAUUAUCCAGUUCACCUUUUUACAAUGAAAGUUUCUUUUGGUUGGAAAAGUUGGGUGAAGUUGAUCCAUAUCAGAUAUUACCUAUUUUAGGUUCUUGUUUAGCGUUUGGAAAUGCCGAAUUAGUAGGAAUGAAAAGGAAAGAUGAGAAAAUACAAGUUGAUUCCAAUACUCACUCUCAAACCCAAACCAAUGGAGAUCAAGUGAUCAUGGAACAACAGCUGAGUAGAAAAGAUAAUAUCAUACCUAUACCGAUACCUGUAAAGCCAAAAGUUACAAAGACAGGUCCGACCCCACCUCCUUCUGGACUGUUCAAUCAAAAGUCAACAUCAUCCUCAUCCUCAUUACCCAAUCCAUCUGCAAUAACACCAAGAUCAAUCAAUCAACAGAAUCAUACAUCACGUAAGUUAUCAACUUGUUCAUCAUUAUCAGCUGCACCACGUUCCUCUUCAACGGGGCAAGCGCAACGUGAGCCAAUCACAUUUUCGGAAUCGUCGUUAAAUCCACUGGUAGACGUCGAGACUUCAAAAAGGAAAACGCCAUUCUCACCUGCAAGACAACAAGCUAUUAGAAGGGAUUUCAUGGCUGGAGUGUUAAGAUUUAGUGCUCUAGGUUUUGGAUUGAUUGCAAGUCAAAUGCCAGCUGGAGUAACAUUAUACUGGGUAACUUCGAUAGCGUUCUCAUUCGUGCAGAACCUGGUAUUAAGCUGGUGGCCACAGGUCAAAGCAGAAAGGGAAAAAGCUAGAAGACUUGCAGAAAGUCAGGCGAAGCGAGAGAUGCAGGGAAGUACUGCUAUAUGA